CGCUAUAAUCGGAAAUUGAUAUGCUUCUUCGACCCCUUUUGGCUUGAAUCCUCCUCUAGGGUUUUUGGGAUUUGAGGUUACCAUCUGUUUCAUUUUCAGAUCGUAUCACCUGGCGUCGUCAAUUCACUAUAAUUCACUUAAGCCAGCCAUGGAUGCUCGGAAGAGAGGGAGACCUCAAUCUAAUGCCAAUAGCGUUGCAGAGAAAUCUAAGUCAGGUAUGACGAGUCAAAGUAGAAAUUAUCGUGCUUGGACAAAUAUUGAAGAAACCAAACUUGUAGAGGCUUUAGUAAUUAUGGUGAAUACAGGAGGAUUUAGAGCAGACCAAGGCUUCAAGUCUGGAUAUUUAACUCAUCUUGAACAUUUAUUAAAAAAAUCAAUGCCAAAUUCGGGUAUUUUAGGUAAACCACAUAUAGAAUCAAAGAUAAAAGUGAUGAAAAGAGAUUGGCAAACUGUACAUGACAUGUUAAAUAGCUCACACACUAGUGGAUUCAGUUAUGACACUGUAAAACAUUGCAUGAUUGCAGACGAUCAAGUUUGGGAAUCAUAUCUUCAGGUUCAUAAAGGGGCAUCAAAGUGGAGGAACAAAACAUUCCCUUACUAUGAAAAACUAUGUGUUGUUUUUGGAAAAGAUCGGGUUGAAGGAAAUACAGUUAGAGAUUUAGUCGAAAUGGAAGAGGAGGCAAACAUAGAAGAACAAACACAACAUUUGGGUAAUGAUUCCAAUGACAUGACAUCGAGUCAUAUUCCACCUAUGAAUGUGAAUAAUAUGCAAUAUGAAGAAACUUCAAGUGUGCGUAAUAACAAGAGAAAAGGGAGAGUGGAUCUUAUGGUUAAAGGAUUUAAUGAUGCGGUUACAUGUCUUGCAGACACUAUGGGGAAAAUAGCAAAUACAAUUAAUAAAGAUAUUGAAAGAGAAGAGGAACUUGAUAAGAAACGUUGUAUGAUUACUUGUGAGAUUUCAAAAAUGGAGUCGUUGAUUCGAUCGGAAAAGUUUAAAGCAAUUACGAAAAUACGAGAGGAGGAUGAAAGAGUGAAUAUUUUUUGGGAUUUGCAAGAAACGGAAAGAGAGGAUUAUGUGAAAUGGGUUUUGGAAGAAUGAAGAGAAUUGGUGAUUAAAUAUGUAAUUAAACAUUGUUGAUUUAGGUUAUUGGUUAGUUUACAAAUUAUAAUUGAGGAAGUGGGAUUUGUAAGUAUUUGUUCAUAGUAUAUAUACUUAGUUUUAUUUUGUUUUUAUAUGCAUUGAUUUGUGAACUGAUCAACGAUAUUCUGUUGUAGCAUUGAUGGCUGAAUAACAUGAUACAUUCAAAGUAUAGUUAAAAUAAUA